CAGGCUGGUGGAGGCCGAGCCGCGCGGCCCCAGUCCCGCAGGCUCGGGCGUCCGACGCGUCCCGGGAGCGCGAGAAGCCAGAGCGACGGCCGCCCCAGCGAAGUGGCCGUGGGCACCGACCCGGGCUACACGCGCUCGUGCGUGGGCAUGGGGCGGCGCGGCCGGGUGGCCACCGUCGCCCACGACCGGGGCACGCGCCCCGCGCCCCGCUAGGCGGCCUUCCCUGACCCCGCGCGGCUGGGGCGCCGGGCCACAUCUCCGCGCACCACCCGGUUGGACGGCACGCGGCUGAUGGCGCGCAGGUUCGCGGGCGCUGAGGUGCGCGACCCGAAUCACCCGCCCUUCCGGGGGUCGAGCGAGGGCGGCAAGGCCUGGGUGCGCGUGUCCUACCGCGGGCAGGACAAGGCCUGCUACCCCGAGGAGGUCUCGUCCACGGUGCCGGGCCAGGGGAAGGAGACAGUCGCCGCGCGCCUGGGCCAGCCCGGGGUGGGGGGUACGCCGCGAACGCCGUGCCCGCCUGCCUCAACGACUCCGCAGCGCCAGCCCACCAAUGACGCGGGUGCCAUUGCGGGGCGCAACCGGCUGGGGAUCAUCAACCUCCCUCGCCAACCGGCUGACACGCGGGGCGCCAGGGAGCCAAAAGUGCUCGUUUUCGACCUGGGUGGGAGCACCUUCGACGUAAGGGUCCCCGCUGUGGACGCCGGUGUCUUCAAGGUGCCUGAGGCUGGAGACGCUUGCCCGGGCGGAGAGAACUUCGGCGACAGGUUGGUGAGCCACUUCAUGAAGGACUUCCGUGGGAAGCACGGGGAGGACGUGAGCGGGAACAAGCAGACCCUGCGCAGGCUUCGCACAGCCUGUGAGAGCGCCGCGUGCACUCCGACCUCUUGCACCCAGGCCACCCCGGAGAAGUCCCUGUUUGAGGGCGUGGACUUCGACACGUCCAUCAUUGGAGCCUGCUUUGAGGAACUGGGCUUGGUUCUUUUCCGCAGCGCCUUGGACUGGGUGGAGAGCCAGAUCCGUGACAUUGCCCUAGUGGGCUGCUCCGCCCGCAUCUGCAAGGUGCAGAAGCUGCUACGGGACUUCUUUGGGGGUAGGGAGCUGAACAAGAGCAUGAACCCCGAUGAAACUGUGGCUAUGGAGGGCGGGGUUGCUGUGCAGGUGGCUGUGUUGAUCGGAGACCAGUGUGAGAAAGUGCAGGAUCUCCUGCUGCUGGACCUGGCUCACCUGUCCCUGGGGCUGGAGACAGCAUGUAGGGAGAUGACCACGCUGAUCCAGAGGAAUGCCACCAUCCCCACCAAACAAAUGCAGACUUUCACCACCUACUCAGACAACCAGCCUGGGGUCCUGACCCAGGUGUAUUAGAGUGAGGGGGUCAUGACCAGAGACAGCCACUUGCUGGGACACUUUGAGCUCAUUGGUAUCCCUCUUACUGCACAUGGAGUCCCCCAGAUCAAGGUAACCUUUGACAUUGAUGCCAAUGGCAUCCUGAGUGCAGCCACUGAUGGGAGCCCAGAGAAGGCUAACAAGAUCACCAUCCCCAACAAGGGCCGGCUGAGCAAAGAGGACCGUGAGAGGAUGCUUUGGGAGGCUGAGUAGCGCAAGGCUGAGGAUGAGGCCCAGAGGGAUGGAGUGGUUGCCAAGAACUCCCUAGGGGCCAGUGUCUUCCAUGUGCAGGGCUUGGUGCAUGCGGAACGCCUUAGAGGCAAGAUUUUUCAAGAGGACAGGCACAGGGUACAAGACAAGUGACAGGGAGUUCUUGCCUGGCUGGAGCACACCCAGCAGGCAGAGGAGUGUGCGUCAGAGAGGGAGCCGGAGCAAAUCUGUCAUCUCACCUUCUCUAGACCCUAUGGAGCCCCUCGUGUUCCUGGGGGUAGUCAUUGUGGGGCUGAAGCUGGCCAGGAGUCCCCAGUGCCCGCCUGACAUGAAGGAGGUGGAUUGAAUGGCCCCUCCUGACAAGUUCUCUGUGCCGGUCAGGGCUGGGCUUGUGCGCCCUCUAGACUUCUGUGACCCCGGGGUGAACUGCUGGAAUGGGAGCGGAGGGGAAUCUUUCUCCCAAGCAGGGAGCCUUCUUCUCAGUGUGUUGUAUAACUGAGGUCUGUGUCAUUACACUUUUUAAAAUCCUCUUCUCCCAUUUCAGACAGGCAGCAGUAAUUGUUGUUAUUAUUAAAGAUUUUAUUUAUUUGAGAGAGAAAGAGAACUAGCAGGGGGAG